UUUCCUCCUCGUUUGUGGAUACUGACAGUGUACUGCAUUCAUCCAUCCAUCCAUCCACCCUCGGUUACGGUAUCCUUCUACCGGAAUCCCCACAUUAUCACCAUGGAAGCUCCUCAAGAACGCAAAAGAUCGUCCCGAUCGAAAAAGAACAGGAACAAGAGCAAGAAAAACAGCAAGAGUGCCAGCGUCAGCAACAAUCCCAACAUUAGCAAGAGUGCCAGCAUCAACAACACCCCCAACCCCAGCGCCAGUAAUACCCCCGGUCCCAGCAUUGCUAGCAUCCCCAGCCCCAGCAUCGCCAACACCCCCAGCCCCAGUAUCACUGACACCCCCAACCCCAGUAUCAGUAUCACCCCCAACGCCAGCGAUAGUAACAACCCCGGCCCCAGCGUCACCAACAGUCCCAGCAGCAGCCAGGGCAUCAGCAAGAGCAGCAGCAAGAGUGGUAGCAAGAGCAGUAGCAAGAACAGCAGCAGCAAAUCGAACAAGAAGAUCAAAAAGUCCGGUGUCCGCACCAAGUUUCUGAUUGAAUCGCUGCGCAACGAGUACUAUUCCCUACGCGAAGAGAACGACCGCCUCCGCGGUCUCGUGACGGGCAACCUGCCCGGACCAGCCGCCGAAUCCAUUCUGGCGACCUGCUUCGACGUGAACGCUCCUCGUGCGCAGUUGGACAACAUUGACGAACUGGCUUCGAAAGUGUCCGGCUCGAAUCUUGAAGACGACGACGAUGAAGACGAAGAAAACGAAGCGGUUGGCUUUUGA